AUGACGGUCUCGAAGUGGCUCACUCUGACUCGUCAAUGCCUGCUUCGUCGAAUCUCUGUGCAAGACUUCGGCAACUUGCUGCGGAACCAUGACGGUGAAAUCGAUGGCAAGCGAUUAUUUGGGGCCCUGGUUGAAUGUCGGGAAUCUUUCUGCCAGCCAGGAGAUCCUCUCAUCUCACUUUAUAUCGACUACAUUGCAACCGCUGGAGUUAUCGUCAUAUCCGACGCACUGGUUAUCCUCACAAAACGUUGGAAUGGAACAAGGUCCCCAGCCACACAAGGUGCACUUGCAUGCUACAAUGACACCCUGCAAGAUUUGACCAUGGUGAUUGUCUCCCCAAAGUUCAAGACCGGGGCAGCUGAAGCACGCCUAGCUCUACAGAUCUCGUCAAGAUGGCUUUCUACUUUGGCACGACAAGCAUCACGAGGAGAUUCUGAGCCACCAGGAAUGGAGCUUAGCAGCACCAUCGAAUUGCUCGCCUUCCUCAUGGCAUCUAUGACCGCAACUGACGCUGGACUCGAAUCUUUAUCCAUUGCCAAGAGCCUGGAGCAAAAGGAGAAAUACGUGGCUGUCGACAACUUACGCACUCUAGUGAAACAGGCCUUUGAGCUCUGCUUGCCAUUAUAUUCUACGCUCUCUUCUCAGCUCAUGGAGCGGAUAAACACAGUCUUGAAACAUAUUAACCUCCUGGAUGAUGGCUCGGCGCAGCCUGGCAAUGCCCCUGCCCCUGCUUCCGAGAUUCAAGCGCUUCAAUUUCAAGUCUCUAUCGCAGAUAGCCAGUUGGUGGCUUCCAAAGCUGGCACAAUACUUUACCUAGAAAGUCUUCUCUUUGCAGGCUCAACUAUCGACGAUGGAGGGACAGUGCAUUGGCUUUCAGCGCGCCAUCAGAAUGAUUACCAGUCAAUGUUCAUCGACGUCUUUACGUCCUCCUUUUCCAUUCUCAAAACCCAGACCAUUACUCCUGGCAGAACUUUAUGCAUGCAGCAGUGUCAGAUUUUCAUUCAGAACAAACUUCCAGCACUUCUGUCAAUGAUAUCGGCCUCUUCAUUCAACAGUUUCAAUACCGAACGAGCCAUGACCGACUCAUGGCAUCAGGUGGUGUCUUUACUUUCGUCACAAGACCUUCUUUUGACGGGCGCUAGGCUGCUGCACGUCUGUACUUUGCAUCACUUGCUCCCGGCACAAAUCGCAGUACAGCUCGUUGGAAACGAGGAUACUUUGAAAGGACUGAGCAAGGGCUUGUAUGCUAAGGAUGACCUCGUGGCACAAGUCCACGCAAAUCCUACGAGAGGACCCAAACUUGUUGAGGAAUUGACCCGCAGCGAUGGAAGUGCAGGCUUCAUUAGUCAAGCGGUUGUUGAGAUCUCGCCAAUGCUAUACUUCGGAGACCUACUACGAUCAAUUGCAUUGCUCUAUUCGUUCGUCCUGACUAUUUUCUCGGACCACUUUGUGGGCUCUUGGACGAGUGGCGAUGGGAUGAAAUACAUGGCACAACCGGUGUACGAUGAUUUUGGGGCCAUCUUUCUGCUGAUUUUGGUAAGCAGAGAGCGACUAGGGUUGUCAAACUCAAGCUUGGGUAUACGAAAGAAGGAUGGAUUCCUAGCUCGAUAUCUAGAGCAUGAGCAUAACGAAGAGAGCCUAGAGAACCUCUCUGAAGAAAGGAAACUGCAUUUGGGAAACUGGAUCAACGCUCUUUACUUGGCUGAAGGCCUCAGCGAUGAACUGUUCACAAACUGCAGUCCCCACGACUUCUACCUCUUGAUUCCCACUCUCCUCCGACAAUCGAUGACGGCUCACCAGCAGGGAAAGCUAACUCAUGACUCUUUACAAGCCGGCUUGGAUUAUCUCCUUGAGCCUUUCUUGCUCCCUUCCCUGAUAUCGGCGAUGGAUUGGGUCGCAGAGGUUUUCCAGCAUGAGCGCAUGGUUGCUGGAAAGGUGUUGGAAGCUCUAAUAAAACCACCAGGGUCGUUGGAGUCUCGGGAUAUCCACAACACUAUAUUGACAUUGUGUGCGCCGAGGCUGAAGUUGCGCCUGAAGACUAUUGGAGCACAAGACAGCGACGUCGACUCCAUUCUCAAGACCCUGGACCAGUGUCCGGACUUUUCGUUCGUCUCGGAGCGAGAACGAGAGACACCGAAUCCAGGGACCCUCAACAUUAUACAACAUUGCCUGGCAAAUCUAAUUACUUCCACAACUGCUCUGGACAUUGGGGAGGCGCCUCCUUUUGAGGACAUUUCUGCCCUCGUGAGCCGAGCCGUGGAAGUUCAUGGACCCCAGACGACCCUGCGGGCAAUCGUUGGGGUGCUUCUACAACUGAGCGACAGUCACGUAUUCCUUUAUGCUCUUGAUGCACUCACAACCGCAGUUUGUAUGGCUGGAAACGGGCUUCACGACGCCUUGCGCUUACAAUACCACGACCUGGGGAGUCUCUUGAAGAGCGGGGAAACUCUCGCUGCUGAAGGGGUGGUCCGUCUAUAUCGGCAAGUUGAAACAUACACGAAUCUUCUUGCUGUGCCGGACAUGGGCUUAGACUCGUUCAACUUUUCCCAGCAACUUACAAAUAUGGAUACGGCCGACCCCAAUCUCGACGCUGCUACUGCGGUGUCGGGCGGAAUGGACCUGCAGACAGAUCAGGGCCAAGCUGACGGAAUUGAUCAGGUGCUGGAUGAAGUCGCCGCGAUGGGAAACCUAGACUCCAACGAUGCAGACAUGAGCUUUGAUGCUCUCUAUGACCUUCAGGGAAAUGAUAUGGAUCUCAAUGACUUGGAUUUGGACAUGUUCUGA